AUGUCUUCGUCCACAUCUUCUGUGGAAUCAGUUGAAGAUGAAAGUUGCUCAAAUGAGUGUUCAGCUUCAUUCACAUUUGACACAAACAACAACAGUCGAGGAGACAAUCAAGUGAAUGAGCUCGCUGAGGAAACUCACAUGAAAUUGAGCAUUACGCCAACGCGUGAAUCCUUCUCAUUGAGUCAGUUGGAACGCAUUGUAACAAUUGGAAAAGGAACCUUCGGACGAGUCGAAUUAGCGAGGGACAAAAUUACUGGAGCACAUUAUGCUUUGAAAGUUCUCAACAUUCGCCGUGUCGUCGACAUGCGUCAAACCCAACAUGUUCAUAAUGAGAAGAAAGUUCUUCUACAGUUGAAGCAUCCAUUCAUUGUAAAAAUGUACGCCAGCGAAAAAGAUAGCAAUAACUUGUAUAUGAUUAUGGAAUUCGUGCCAGGAGGUGAAAUGUUCUCGUAUCUCAGAGCAUCAAGAUCCUUCUCAAACUCGAUGGCCCGUUUCUAUGCCUCAGAGAUCGUUUGUGCUUUAGAGUACAUCCACUCUCUUGGAAUCGUCUAUCGAGACUUAAAACCAGAAAAUUUGAUGCUUAGCAAAGAAGGCCACAUCAAAAUGGCUGAUUUUGGAUUUGCUAAGGAACUCCGCGAUAGAACAUACACAAUUUGUGGAACUCCGGACUAUCUGGCACCUGAGUCACUAGCCAGAACAGGACACAACAAAGGUGUCGACUGGUGGGCACUCGGUAUCCUGAUUUAUGAGAUGAUGGUUGGCAAACCACCAUUCCGUGGAAAGACGACCGCUGAAAUCUACGACGCUAUUAUCGAGCACAAGCUCAAAUUCCCAAGAAGCUUCAAUCUUGCCGCAAAAGAUCUCGUUAAAAAAUUGUUGGAAGUUGAUAGAACUCAACGUAUUGGAUGUAUGAAGAAUGGUACUCAAGAUGUGAAAGAACACAAAUGGUUCGAGAAAGUCAACUGGGAUGACACCCUUCAUUUAAGAGUUGAGCCUCCAAUCGUUCCGACAUUGUAUCAUCCAGGAGACACGGGAAACUUCGAUGACUAUGAAGAAGACACUACCGGUGGACCACUAUGUAGUCAACGUGAUCGCGAUCUUUUUGCCGAAUGGUGA